UAUGAUGAACGAACAAAAGGUAAAGAAGAGAGUAGAAUAAGUAAAUAAAUGCGAAGAAGCGUGACGUGGUGUCAAUUCUUCUAUGUAAUGCUCUGUUCGAAGAAGACGCAUUGAAUUGAAAUCGAGUCUUCACUUCGAGACUUGUUAUCUUAUUCCACGCCGUUGCUUCAGCUGCUCUUCGUUGUUACCACAUUUAACAUAGCUGACCCACACUCUGAAUUACCGUUUUACCCUUAUAAACACUUAGUCCUCGAUAGUUUUUGGGCCCAAAUCUUCUAAACUGUCACUAGCUCGGCCCGCUAUAUUAUACUGCAAGGGUUAAAUACUUAAAUUACAUUUUUUCCCCUACACCAAAAUAAACACGUAUUCAUUAGUGUAGUGUAGAUGCGUGAUCCUUACUUAAUGCGAAUUUAUUAAGGAAAAUAGAAAAUUGCUACGUUGAUUACAAAGAAACAAACAAAAUUGUUACGUUACGUCUACGUAAUUUAGUAAUCGUACACCGGCUAGAUAGAAAAAAAAAAAAAAGAGAAUCAGAAAAUGAUUAGUGUUUGAGCGGAGGGGAUUCCAUUAACAGUGGAGGAAACUGAUCAAAGGUCUCUACCGACGAGGCGGGAACAUCCGGAGGAGGCAGCCAAGUUAUUGGUGGCAUAGGUGGAAACUCAUCCUCCGGUGGUGGAAGAGAGAACAUCGGCGGCGUUUCUUCUUGAAAUGGUGGAGGUGGUAACCAUAACGGCGGAGGUUGUGUCGUCUGAUCACCACCUGGUAGUGGCGGCGGAGGAGACGGCACCAAAGGGGGAGGAAACACUAUCACUGGCGGUGGCGGUGAAGGGAAGAAGAAAAAUGGUGGCGGAGAGGGAGGAGGAGGUGAAGGAACAAGCGGUGAAGGAGGAGGCGGUGGUGGUGAUGGAACCAAAGGUGGUGGAGACGGCACAAGCGGCGGUCGAGGUGGGGACGGCCUUGGACACGGUCUCGGGCGCAGUGGUGGUGGUGGGGAUGGAACCAAGGGUGGUGGUAGACGUGGGGACGGCCUUGGACGCGGUCUCGGACGUGGUGGUGGACGCGGUGGUUGGAAAGGGAGAAAAGGGUUUUCCGGUGAAGGUGUUGUAGGAAAAGGCCAAUGGCCACAGGUUUCGAAUAAGUAUUGAUAGAGAGGAUCGCAGCUUCUCCGUCCACGAUUCUGACCGCUACCACUUCGUCUCCCUCUGUUUGAUUGCUUUUGCUCCUUUACGGUUACAGCUUCUACGUUAACGUUUGCGUUAGCGUUAUUUUCGUUAUCUGAGAUGGACUCUGUUCUGUUAACGACUAAAAGGAGUAGAGACAACAAAAAUCCAACUACGAGUAGUUGUUUUGCUUUGAUCAUCUCUUUGUGUUUGCUUUGGUUACGUUGUCUUCUUCUUUGAUAGAAAACUCAUAUAUACGUUGCAAAACAGUUAUAUAUACUAUAAGUUUAAAGACCAUUUAAAAUAUUUUUUCUUUGCUCAUUUCAUAUAAAAUAAUACUAGUACAUGAAUAAUGCAUCUUACGGGAAAAUGUAGGAAUCAUAAAUGCCGAGAGAAGGAU